AUGUCUACUCGUAAAGGUAAGUCAGUGAAUAGUCUAAAGGCUCUUGAGAAUUGUUUAAACGAGUUAGCCGGCGCUGAUGAAGCAGUUGUUCGAGAGGCACUUUCCGCUGGCGAUAAUCUAAACAACUUCUCUGAAGAGUUGAACGAUGCUCAUCGAACUGCUGUUCGUGAAUGCAUCGAGAAUGCAGAUAAGUUAACCAAUCUUCAUAAUCAGAUACUUGCUUGCGAUCAAGUGUUUGAGCGCUUAGAAAAGAUGCUUCUUGGAUUUCAAGACGACCUUGGAACUAUUAGUCAAGAUAUGAAGCGGUUACAGGACGAAUCGGUGUCUAUAAACCAGGAGUUAGAUAAUCGUCAAAAGGUGCGCAGUGAACUAAGUCAGUUCGUCGAUGACAUCAUUGUACCACAGAAUAUGAUAAAAAUUAUCAUGGAGACUGAUGUAAAUGAUCGUUCUUUUCUUGAACAAUUACACGAACUUCAACAUAAGAUCAACUUCGUCAAGACUCAGGAAUUCAAGGACGCGCGUUCAGUUUACGAUGUUCUCGGUGUUUUGGAGAGUCUCAAGUUUAAGGCCAUUGAAAAGAUUCGAGAAUGGAUUCUUACAAAGAUUUACAUGUUUCGAAAGCCUUUAUCCAAUUACCAAAUUCCGCAGCAUCAGUUACUCAAGUGUCGCUUUUUUUACGAAUUUUUAUCUGGGAAUGAAAGCAGUAUUGCUCAAGAGGUCCAAGAGGAAUACGUUGACACGAUUAGCAAGAUGUUUUUCUCGUAUUUUAAGGUCUAUGUUGUACGUCUAUUUAAGUUAUUGAUGACAGAUGCAGCUUCGAAAGAGGACUUGUUGGGAACAGAACACGCUAUUAAAUCCAGCGGGAUCUCUGCUUUGUUCGCUGCAAAACCCCAAGUUGGUCAAGUACAUAAAAGUACUCCUCUCAAGAAGCCAAUCAGAAGGCAUGCUAACAUUAACGACCAUAACCAAUGUUCUUUUCAGUUCCAGUUUGAGGCACUAUUCCGCUCAAUUCAUCUUGCAUUUGUGGAUCACUGCAGUCAUGAAUUCCUGUUUCUUACUGACUUCUUCAUGGUGUCAGGCCAAACAGCCGUAGAUCUUCACGCAAAGGUCAUGGGUAGGACGAUGGCUCAUCUGGUUCGAGCCUUCGAUGAAAAGAUCGCGUUGAAUUUCGACUGCAUAAGUCUGCAUCUAUGCCUCUGUCUCUGCGAUAAAUUUCAUCGUUUGUUGACUGAAAGGGAGACUCCAUCGAUGAGCGGCUAUUGGGAAGCAAUCUCAAACCAGUUGUGGACGAGACUAGCCCAAGUUAUGCAAAUGCAUAACGCUAGCGUGAAAAGUAUUGAUGUACGGCACAUGCAGACUCCCAUUGAUACGCGGCCACACUACAUUGUAAGAAGAUAUGCAGAGCUAACGAGUGGUUUUCUCGUUAUUACAGAGACUACUGGACGAGAGGUAGGAAAAAGAAUGGAAGCAAUUCUGGAAUCAUGUGAGGACGCUGUAGAACAACUUCUUCUUCGAAUGGCAUCCAGCCUUUCUUCUCCAAAAGAGCGACUAGUUUUCCUCAUAAACAAUUACGAUCUUAUCCUUAGUGUUAUUGAUGUAAAGAGCCGCAUCCACUCAAUCAUUCGUGAAUUGGAGCAGAAAGCUAUUGGAGACUUCGUCGAGGUAACAUUGCAACCACACUUCUCACAAAUGCUUUCUUUUGUUACUGAAUGUGAACCUCUAGUUCAGCAGGGCCAUACCCAAUUACUCACCCGGUAUAAUGACAAGCUGACAGCAGUGAUACAAUCAUUCUCUGCUAAUUGGCGGCGCUCAAUUGAUACAAUAAAUGGUGAAGUGGUGAAGUCAUUUACAAACUUCAAAAAUGGCACAAAUAUCCUCCAGGCGGUGUUCACGCAGUUAGUUCAGUAUGUGCAGAGGUUCUCAAAGUUGGUAUCGCACGAGAUUUUCCGCGACAACCCUGCUCGUAACGAUAUGGUAAACAUUCACCAUAUAUUGGUAGAGCUUAAAAAGUAUAAGCCAGUCUACUGA